AACAAUAAUCAACCUUAAAUAUUAUCAAUUGUAUACAAUGUCCGAUUCAGCUACCGAUAAAGCCAAGUUGUCAUCCCAUGAACAGCAUUACUUCUCCUCAUAUGAUCAUUUUGGUAUUCACGAAGAAAUGUUGAAGGAUACUUCCCGUACAUUGAGUUACCGUAAUGCCAUGUAUAAAAACAAAGAUCUUUUCAAGGAUAAGAUUGUGUUGGAUGUUGGUUGUGGUACUGGUAUUCUUUCCAUGUUUGCCUCUAAAGCUGGUGCCAAACAUGUUUAUUCUGUUGAUAUGUCCAGUAUUAUUGGCAAGGCCAAGGAAAUUAUUAACCUUAAUGGAUUCACUGACAAGAUUACCUUGUUACAAGGUAAAUUGGAAGAUAUCACCUUACCUGUUGAUUCCGUGGAUAUAAUUAUUUCUGAAUGGAUGGGAUAUUUCUUAUUGUAUGAAAGUAUGUUGGACACUGUGUUGUAUGCCAGAGACAAAUAUCUUGUCAAAGGUGGAUUAAUUCUUCCAGAUAAAUGUAACAUGUACAUUGCUGGUAUUGAAGAUGGUCAAUAUAAGGAUGAAAAGAUUCAUUAUUGGGAAGAUGUCUAUGGGUUUGACUAUACUCCAUUUAUCAAGACUGCCAUGAGUGAGCCAUUAGUUGACACUGUUGAAAACAAUGCUUUAAUUACUUCUUCAGCCAAAUUCUUUGAAUUUGAUAUUAAUACUGUUACCAAAGAAGAAUUAGCAUUCAAGCGUGAUUUUGAAUUAGAAGUUCUUGAAAAUGAUUUGUGUCAUGCCUAUAUUGUUUACUGGGAUGCUGUAUUCCCAGGAAAUGAAAAAGUCACUUUGGCUACUGGACCAAUGAACCAGUACACUCAUUGGAAACAAACUGUUUUCUAUAUGGAUCAAGUAUUGAAUGUUAGAAAAGGUGAUAUUAUCAAAGGUAAGAUUACUUCUGCUCCAAGUAAGAUUAACCCAAGAGAAAUCGAUAUUGAAAUUGAAUGGGAUUUGAAGACAAGUUCUAAGGACAAAUCAAGAGAACAAAAGGGCAAGUAUAAUUACUUUUUACGUUAAUUUUUGCAUUUUAGCAUAGAGCAUACGGUGUAUAUUACAAAAAAAGAACUGCUAAUUUCAGGAAGUUUUUGUUCUGCAAUACCAUGUGGUUGUUUGGCUCUGUUAAAUCUGAAGAUCUCACUUAGAUCUCGGUUUUUUUGUUUCAUUCAAGCUUAUAUCUCAUACAUGGUUAUUUCGAAAUAGAGGUUAAACGUUAAAACCGAGUAUUUCGGUCAUUACUUCUUUAAAUGUACGUCUGUAAAACCUUUUUAAUCUUGUAUUAGUAAUUUUGUGCAUAACAGCUUAAAUUUUCCAGACUUUAUCCGAG